AUGGCCUUCUGUCAGCUCAUCGCUAGCUUGCUUCGCUGGCCUCCUGGGAGCUGCGACGUUGUCUUUCGAAGAGAGGGGUUGAACUCCUGGUCCAGUUUCUGCAGGGAUUGUCUAGGAUUACUUCGUUUCCUGGGCGCGGGUCCCGGUAGCGUUCCUCCCUGCUCUCUGCUCCCCCCUCCCACCCGGGCCGAGGAGCGCCGCCUGACGGACACCACCAUGGGCGACGACACGACGAGCGCCGCGCCUCGCACUGGAAGCCCAGGCACCGUGCUCCUGGCGCUCCUCGCCUUCCUCUACGUGGGCAGCGCGGCGGGUGCGGCGCUGGACGAGUCCACCACCAUGGCCGACGAGCGCCGCCUGACGGACACCACCAUGGGCGACGACACGACGAGCGCCGCAGCUCGCAGUGGCGCCCUUGGCACCAUGCUCCUGGCGCUCCUCGCUUUCCUGUUCGUGGGCAACGCGGCUGGGGCGGCAGUGGACGAGUCCACCACCAUGGCCGACGAGCGUCGCCUGACGGACACCACCAUGGGCGACGACACGACGAGCCCCGCGGCCCCCCGCGCGGCGUUCCGGACGGCGCCGCUGUUCGCCCUUGCUGCGGCGCUCGGUCUUGCAGCCCAUCGCUAA